CGCGAACUGUUCGUCUCUCCCUCUCUCUCCCUCACUCACUCUUUCCUCGCCGCCGUAUAGGUCUCCGGCCUCCGCCUCCACCGCCGUGGUAGCAUUCCGUUCAUUAGAAUGGCUAUGCAGACAGUGAUUGCUCCAGUGAUCCCCAGUGCGCAAGUUGUUGCAAAUGCUUUCAUUGUGCAGUAUUACCAUAUUCUUCAUCACAACCCUGGUCAUGUCUAUAGAUUUUAUCAGGAUUCGAGCGUGAUGAGCCGGCCUGAUUCUGACGGUGUGAUGAGAUCGGUGACCACAAUGCAAGGAAUCAAUGAGAAGAUCCUUUCUUUUGAUUACAAGGAAUACAAGGCUGAGAUAGAAACUGCAGAUGCUCAAAACUCUUAUAAAGAUGGGGUGACUGUGUUAGUUACUGGAUGUUUAACAAGCAAGGACAAUUUGAAAAGGAAAUUUGCUCAAUCAUUUUUUCUUGCCCCACAAGAGAAUGGGUUCUUUGUAUUGAAUGAUGUCUUUAGGUAUGUUGAGAGUAGAGAACUUGUGAAAAACCAGUCAGUUAAUGGAGUUAGUGAUACUAAAACGGUCCUCUUGAACCAAGAACCAGAACCAACUCAUGUUCCGGAUCCUCCCACACCUGACCUGCAAACUACUCAAGUUGAAGAGGAUCAAACUGUUAUUGAGAAAGCUUUUGACACAUCGGAACAGGAUAGGCAAUCUGCGAAUGAGAAAGAAACUGAUAUCGAACGGCCGUGUUAUCCAAAUGGGGAUGAUAUCCCCGUUGAAGUUGAAUCAGCUUCUACUACAGCCCAAGAAGAUGGUCCAAAGAAGUCUUAUGCAUCAAUUGUAAAAGUAGCCAAAGGAAGUCCUGGAUCCAAUAAGGUUUAUCUGCCCACUAGCACCACUAAAGUUACUUCUAAGAAAACAGAAGAUUCUUUGCCUGGGUCGGCUGCAUCUGCUUCCGUACCUGAAUCAUCAGCCCCGGCUAGCAGUACUACCCUAGAGAGCAGUGCGACUAAUGAGGAAGUUGAGGGCUAUUCUAUAUACAUCCGCAAUUUGCCCUUGAGUGUGACGGCUGAUGAGCUUGAGGUAGAAUUCAAGAAAUUUGGACCAAUAAAGGAAGGAGGCAUCCAAGUCCGGAAUAAGAAGCUUCAGGGAUACUGUUUUGGGUUUGUUGAAUUUCUGUCCUCAAGUUCUUUGAAUAGCGCCAUUGAGGCUUCACCUAUUACUAUUGGUGGACGUCAUGCCAUCAUCGAGAUAAAGAGGACCAACACACGAAUUGGUGGUAGUGGAAGUGGUUCGUUCACUUCUGGAAGGGGAGGGUUUCGAACUGACAGCUUUAGGGGCCAUGGUAGUUAUGGUGGUGGCCGGAGCUUUGUAAGAAAUGACUAUGUGAACAGGACGGAAUUCUCAGGUCGAGGCAGGGGGCGAGCUGGGCGUGGCGGAGAUGGUUAUUGGCAAGGGAGAGGAGAUGGUUAUCAACAAGGAAGAGGAGAGGGUUAUCACCAAGGAAGAGGAGAGGGUUAUCACCAAGGGAGAGGAGAGGGUUAUCAACAAGGGAGAGGAGAUGGUUAUCAACAUGUGAGAGAAGUUUAUCGACCAAGGAGUGGAGAAGGGAGAGGAAGAGGUGGCCGACCAAUUGGACCAAAGGAGAAUGUGGUCUCGGCAUGAAGUAUUGAGGUAGGCUGAAUUUUUUUUUUUGACAUAAUUGCUUUCAUGAAUAGUUCCCUUGGAAGUAUUGACAGUGGAUCUAAAAUGGAGUAACAGUUUAGACAAAGAGGCAUUUGCCUUAGGUUAGGUUUUGUUUUACCUAGCGGAAUUUUGUCUCAGUUGGGUAUGAUGUAACAUGGUUCAGAAAGUUCAGGUCGCCCGCCAAUUUUACAUGAAACUUUCGAGCUUACUCUUAUUGCAUAGUUUUGGUGCCUA